AUGUCAUCCCGCCACCAGGCAGACGACGAAUGGAAUUUGUUUCAAUCGUCAGCAUCUGCUGCGAAUAAGAAAGAAUACAGACGCGCUGCCAAUCCAGCUUACCUUUUGAAAUGUAUCCUCGAACCAGCCCCCAAGAACGGCGAAGCCCCCAACCUGUCAUCGAAUGCCUUCAUGAAGAAGGUAGGAUUCGGAGUGAUAGGUGUGUACCACCCGAUGCUGACUCCUCGGGAACGUACGCCGUCCAAUGAGCACUGCUGGGGACGGCCUCCCUUCCUGGCCGCCUUGCGCAAAUGGCCGGCUGAGGUGAUGCUAAGGAAGGACGUGGAAUCGCAGUUAUUCAGCGUGCAAGAGAGCAUGGUGCUCGCUGAACAUGAGGAUGUCGUCAUGUUACGGAGACUUCACAUAGGCCAAAUGAUGACCCGGCUGGAGGCCGAUAUGCAUGGCACGACUUCUUUAAUCGGGCCUCGGCGGAAGGUUGGCCUUAGACAUCAUAAUGAGCAAAGUUGUCAGCAAAUUCUAGGCUGUCGAUUGGGAUUGUCUCGCGAGGGAAAAUGUGAAAAGCUCAGAUUUAUUCCUCCCUCUCAGCAGUGA